AUGCAGGUGGCGUGCAACCGCACCGCGGAGGCGCACUCCUUCGGCUUCAUCGCAUCCAGCAUGGAGGCCCAGGCCCACACGUCAUUGACGCCAAUAAUGACUGACGCUACUGCUCCUCGACAGGCGCCUCCUCAUCUCCCUGCGCUCUCUGCUUGGCCUAUAAAUCUGACGCGGUGUCCCUUGCUCAGCCUUUCAAGCUCUGUUUGCCUCUCUUUGACCGUUGAUGCUCAUCUUGGUUCGUUCCGCGCCAGCUGCCAGUCGAACAGCCACGUCCGGUACCAUGUCGGAUGCGCCCCCAACAAGUUCUCUACUCGCACAACCUCCUUGCUGCUCGUCGCCGCCGAUCUGCUUGUGGUGCUGGUGCUGCGCCGCUCGCUAUGCCGCUUCACCACCGUGUUCCAUGCUACCGAGAUCUCCUUCACCGUGUCCCGCGACACCGAGAGUCCCUGUCCGAAGCUCCAUGCGCUGCGCCAGUCUCCCUCGCCAGCGCCAUCAAACCCGCCAUCGUUGCCGUACCUUGUCGCCAGUUACUGCUUGCCUGCUACGCCGUCGUGUGUCGUAGCCGGAGUCGUCGCCAUCGUCGUUCUGGGCACCUCUUCGGUGCUCCCUUCUCGCUGCGGCGAUCUGUUUCUAUCCACGAUCCGAAGAUAGAAGAAAGGUCCGAUUUAUUUUCACGUCUUCAGUUAAACAUAUUUUAGCUCUACGAUAUUUUUCAGUUUGUAAAAAAUGAUUAAUUAGAGUUCAAACAAUUGGGUUCUGA